UGUAACUGAGACGGAGAAGAAACUGAUCAAGAUGGCACUGAUGUUUCAAGCAACUUUAAGGUUAAAGAAAGCAGUUGAACUAAUAAAUGGCUUAGACACUGCCAAGUUUCGUCUUUUGCUUAGCAGAAUUGUACAAAAGCUUCAUUUGAGGGAUGAAAGAGCAUUUUCAGAGGAGGAGGAAAUUAAGCUUCAAGGUGCUUUGGAACUGGAGGCAAAUGAUCUUCAUGUGGUUUUGGAAACUGCAGCCUUUAUCCUUGAACAGGCAGCAUAUCACAAUGCCAAAGCACAACUUUUGACGCAGCAAUUGUUGGAUAUUCAAUUAGCAGAUGAAAAGGUUCAAGCUCUAGUGAAUCUAUGGACUGCAAAUGGAAAAUCUGUUGCAGAAAAGCUGAAGCAAAGAAGUAUUUCUCCUAAACAGCUGUCAGAAGUAAAUUGGAGAUUAAACCUUCAAAUGGCACAAAGCAGUAUGACAAAGAUGAAACUCCCAAAUGCCAUGUUUGAACUAAACCUUUCCUCAGGAAGCCAGUGUAGUGAAGAACAAGUCCAUUUAGAAUUUACUCAUGGAGAACUUUAUGCUUUUUACAAUCAGCUGGAAACCAUUCAGAAUCAGCUUGACACACUCAGUUAAUGCUGACUACCUUGGAAAUUCAUUGCAUCAAAUAACCACGCUGUUUAUGUUAUCCUGCAGAGAUCUGUCUUUUUAAACCCUGUUACCUUGAACUGUCAAUAGAAAUUAAAAACAGUUUUUUUAGAAUUUUACUUCAAGGCAAUAUCACUUGGAUGAUAAUUUAAGGUUCCUGUGACUUGUGUUUACAGACAAGCUUGACAGAAAGGUGAAUAUUGACUGGCUGAUUAUAAUGCAAUGAUAAUAAAAUGGGGAUAACCAAA